AUGCAAUCCCAAGUCCUCCACCACCGACACCAUGACACCACCACCACAACCACCACCCUCCCCCAGUCCCCAGAACAAACACCCCUCCCUCCCGAAACCAACUACACCCUCCCCAAACAAACCACCUGGCUCCACCCAGCCACCUACACGACCCUCCACCACGAGACCUUCAACAUCUACACGCACCUGCUCCCGGCGCUGUGCUUCCCGACGCUCGCCGUCCUCGCCCCCGACCUACCGCGCCUGCACAUCCUCAGCUCCACCGCGUGCCUACUACUAUCGGCGGCCUACCACGCCAACAACGGGCACUCGGCCUACGCGCUGAAAGCGGACUACUGCGGGAUCCUGGGGCUGCUGGUCAGCAACUUUGUGACGGGGUUGCAUUCUGCGUUUGUGGGGGCCCACGGGGUGGAAGGGGAGGAAGAGGCGAGAAGGUGGUGGCGGGAUGUUUAUAUUGCUAUCACCAUCCUCCUCACCCUCCCUUCGCUGGGUCUGCAUCUUCAUCCUGCUGCGGCGGCGGCUUCAUCGUCACGUAUACCUACGGCCACUUGUUCAGUCGACAACAUAGUCAACAGCACACUCGACAGUACAACCACCAGCACAGCUACCACCACAGUCACCAGCACAUUAAACAAUCCCCACCGAAACGACCCCCACCGCACCCUCCGCGUCACCGCCCUCAUCUUCACCGGCCUGAGCGCCCUCAUCCCCAUCACCCACCUGUACCUCCUGCACGACGCCCGCUACCUCCUCGCCGUCGGCGUGGGGUGGUAUGCCCUCGAGGGGAUGGCGUUGAUCCUCGGCGCCGUGGUGUAUCUGGUUAGUUUUCCCCCUCCUGCGCAAGAAUUGGAUAUCACCCCUAUAGACAUACCCAAAAAGAAUGCCGUGGAGAGCACGCACAUAAGCAAAAAGGCUAAAAUGAACCCCCACUAAAAGAAUAAAAUCCCCGAACGAUGGUACCCGCACAGUAAGGUCUUCAUGCUGUGGUCGUCCCAUGCCUUCUGGCAUGUGCUCGUGCUCGUCGGCAUGGUGGCGCAUACGAUGGGGCUGGCUUGUGCGAUGGGCGUCGAGGCGGGAGGGGAUUGAUGUUUCGUAAAGGUGACUUAGGACUGACGGGGUUGGAAACUGGACUUUCCAGAUUGAAGGUGUGAGAUUGGGGGUAAUGGGUCGUUGCCAUCCAUGUCUUCGCCUUGGAUUUCCGGGUUCGGUUUGGACGGAGUCGUGAAGCCAAGACGAGAGGAAUCGGCAGUCGUGAAGAUGCGGUAGACUGACUCAGUUUUGAGUGUGGAUGGGAGAUCAUGGAUACCGAGUAUCCUCCAGGCGAGGAUGGUGC